GGCCCUCCCAUGGCAGGGGCAUUUAAAGAAAGACCAACAAAGCCCACAGCAUUUCGAAAAUUUUAUGAGCGAGGAGACUUCCCAAUUGCCCUUGAGCACGACUCCAAAGGCAACAAGAUAGCUUGGAAGGUAGAAAUCGAGAAGCUGGAUUACCAUCAUUAUCUGCCUCUGUUUUUUGAUGGGCUUUGUGAAAUGGCAUUUCCCUAUGAGUUCUUUGCUCGGCAAGGAAUCCAUGACAUGCUGGAACACGGGGGCAACAAGAUCCUGCCCGUCAUCCCUCAGCUCAUUAUCCCGAUAAAAAAUGCUCUGAACCUCCGAAACCGACAGGUCAUCUGCGUCACGCUCAAAAUCCUUCAGCAUCUGGUUGUGUCUGCUGAGAUGGUGGGCGAAGCACUGGUGCCCUAUUACCGUCAGAUCCUCCCCAUCCUGAACAUCUUCAAGAAUAUGAACUUGAACUCCGGAGACGGCAUCGACUACAGCCAGCAGAAGAGGGAGAACAUCGGAGACCUGAUCCAGGAGACGCUGGAGGCCUUUGAGCGCUACGGAGGAGAGGAUGCUUUCAUCAACAUUAAGUACAUGGUCCCCACCUACGAGUCAUGCUUGCUCAACUAGCCAGGAGAAAGCUGGCCUCAGAGGGAGGCUUCCACUGGAGGCCCGGUCAGUGGUCUCGGCUGCUCUGGGCCUCUCGUUAUUUGUGACUUCUACAGCUGCUACAAUAGCAGCUUCUGAGCCCUUGGACUGUUAGCCCUGUUGAGAGCAAGGCUUUCCGAUACAUAAAUAGUGCCUGUUGCUUAGAUUACAAUAGCGUACUGUGCUUAUUUGUUCUGAGAGAAGAAUUGCUUCUUUAUACAGCUCGGACGGAAGCAGGAGCCCGCGUUAAGCCUUCACUUGUAUGGACAAUAAAACUAUGAUUUUCAUACGCAA